UCUGCUGGUGGCGUUGCUUGGUUUUCCAAACAUCACGGUCUUGAGUUCUUCAACAUCUUCCCUCAUUUGCGACACUAUGGCAUCAAAUUUAGUAGCGAUUUCUGCUAAUUGAACAGCCACAAAAUCGGAAUUGUUCCGGGUCUGAACCAUGUCGAUUCCCGUCAAUAGAACCAAAUGAUAGGAACUGAAAAUAUGAUUAAAUUGAAACAAGAACAGACACGAUAGUCCGCUCGAUUCGAGAGGGGCUAGUCUCCUAAAUUCUAAUCAGAGAUCACAAUACAAAUAAAAUGUCUCAUACCCCUAAAACACUAAACAAAACCUAAAUAUAAAGACUCUAAAUCUAAUGGCGGUUAAUCGGCAGUUAUGCCCCCACUUCCUUCAAUUUAUGGAUCAUCCACACUUCCUGAAUUUUUGAAUACUUUCCCUCCAACCUCUUUAUCUCUAUCUAGCAAUAAUUCUGACUCAACAACUCUGGGUUUGUAUCAUACACCUUGUAAUGUGUUUCAAGAAUAGGGUAUAUUUUGCACUUAGGCCAUAACUAAAAGGGUAUUACUGCAAUUUUUCCUGCGUAUUCGCCAAGAAAACAGAGUCAACAGCCCAUAUGUCACUCGAUCAAAAAUCUUGAUUUUCUACAGAUUCCAUCACCAAUAUAAAGAAACCCACUUUAAUUAUACGUAACCAUCAACCCUCCAACGUGAUUCCUGCAUUCCAGGAGCACCGUAUAAUUGAUGAACCCAAAUUCAAAAUUUGGAUUUUGGUACCUUCUUGUCUCUCAGGCAAUUCAUCGAACACAUGGUGUGCAGUUGCUUUGGUUAUUUCCAGGAAGUAAAUACAGGGCAGCAAUGAUUUGAUAAAUUUGCUUUAGCUUGGUGGGUUUUGCUUUUCUUGGCGGGAAAAAUAAACAAGACUGGAUUUUGGGCAUUUUUCUGUGGUAAAUUGUGAUUAUAUUUUGUUGUUUUUGUCUUUCAGGCAAAUCGUCGAACACUUGGUGUGCAGAUGUAUUAAAGUCAUUAUCUUGUGAUAAUUAUCUUUCAAAGAUUGAAUCUUUAUCAUCUUUGGAUCAUGUCUCAUAGUUAUCUUACAGAUCUUGAUAUUCCGCUUGAACUCAAGUGAAUUUUUACCAUCAUAUGCUCAAAGUAAUGCCACUAGUCUCCCUCCGUUCAUCGCCAAGACUUACGAAAUGGUGAACGAUCCUUUGACCGAUCACAUCGUAUCAUGGAGCCACAAUAACCGAAGUUUCAUCGUGUGGGACCCACCCGCGUUUUCCGGUGAAUUGCUUCCAAGAUUUUUCAAGCACAACAAUUUCUCAAGCUUUAUUAGACAACUAAACACAUAUGGUUUUAAAAAAAUUGAUCCAGAACAAUGGGAAUUUGCAAAUGAAGACUUUAUCAGAGAUCGACCUCAUCUUUUAAAGAACAUCCAUAGAAAAAAGCCUGUUCACAGUCAUUCAAUGCAGAAUGUUAACAUCCAUGAAGCUUCUUCAUCUUCUGCAUUGACUGAAUCCGAAAGAAUCCAAUACAAAAAGGAUAUUUACAGGCUGCGUUUAGAGAACAAAUCAUUAUCUUUACAGUUUCAAACACAACAAAAGGAACAACACGAUAUUGAAUCAGCAGCGCGAGCGUUAACAGAGCGUUUAAAGCUUGCUGUAAAACACCAAAAAGAUCUUUUGUGUACCUUGGAUUAUACGUUGCAGAAACCGGCUCAGAAUUUGGACACGAAUGACCGAAAAAGACGAUAUUUGUCGGAGAUUAAUGAUCAGAUGUGCUCAUUUGAUGUCCAGAUCUCUGAGACGACAAGUAUAGACGCUCUUUUGGCUUUAGAUUUGGAGUUGGUUGAACAAUUGGAGUCUUGUAUAAUGUUUUGGGAGGAUGCGUUAACCGAUGUUCACCAGAAGUCGCCAAUAAACCUUGAAACGGGUUAUGAAGAAUGUGAGAUUGCCACAACUUCCGAGCCGGUUAAUACUGUGGGUGUGAAUGACGGGUUUUGGGAACAGUUCAUGACUGAGAAUCCUGGUGGUUCGUUGACGGAUAAUGACAGCAGAGGGUUUGAUCAAUACGGGACGUUUUGGUGGAAACAUGAAGAGUGUAAAUAGUUUUGUAGAAAAAACUCAACAUUUAUAUUUUGUAGAAUGUUUUGUGUAUAUAUAUGUGUGUGUAAAUUUUGAAAAUAUUAUGAUGUUUCUGUUGUCAGUUGUUUGUAAAUCUUGAUAAGGGUUUGAUAA